UAGUAGGGGCAAGCAAUGAAUAAAUUUAUCGCUAGUUUCGCCGGCAGUAUCACUAGUUGGUGACUGUCCGUGACCGGAGCUGGCAGACUUCAUUUCUCGUGUGGAAUUUCUCUUGAGUAAAUCAACAUGCCUGUCUACAAGCUAACUUACUUCCCCGUUAAAGCGUUGGGCGAGCCAAUUCGCUUCCUGUUUAGCUAUGCUGGCAUUGACUUCAUCGAUGAUCGCUUUGACAGAGAAGACUGGCCGAAGCUUAAGACAACUAUGCCAUUCGGGCAAGUGCCCGUACUCGAGGUAGAUGGAAAGAAGAUCAACCAGUCUGUGGCUAUCUGCCGUUACCUGGCGAAGCAAUGCGGUCUUGCUGGCAAGAACGACUGGGAAGCUUUGGAAAUCGAUGUCGCUGUUGAUAACAUACAUGACUUACGCUCGAAAAUCGCGCUGUUCCAUUACGAGAGCAACGAGGCGGUCAAAGCUGAGAAACGUCGAAUGGUAGACGAACAGGUGCCCUUCUAUCUGAGUCGUCUGAACGAUCAGGUGAAGAAGAAUGGCGGUUACUUCGUCGGUGGCGCACUGUCCUGGGCCGACUUAACUUUCGUCGCUAUCCUGGACUACUUGAACUUUAUGAUGGGGAAAGACAUCAUUGAACCGUACGACAGUCUGAAGCAACUCAAGCAGAAGGUUCUCGAGAUACCGGCCAUCAAGAGCUGGGUCGCCAAGCGUCCGCCGACCGACGCGUAAUCUUAUCAGACGGUUGAACAUUCGGGCUCCAUCGCGGAAGGAAUCAUCUCGAUUGGAGCAAAAUGUGAAUUUAUUUCCUUGUGCUAUUCUUACUUGUACCUACGCUUGUACCUAUGAUUAUUAGGUGACACAUUUAGAAUCGCACGCCGGAUAUAUCAGAUGUAUCAGAUGUUUCUCAAUGCCCGUGAGAGGCUGAUUAUUAUUCAUACACGGGAGCAAUGAUAAGGACAAUACUAAUUUUCCGCAAAGAUUGCAAUUAUAGUUUUGUACUUCAAUAAAUCACUCAUUUCCGUUAAUGAUCUC